AUGACAGGCCGUUAUGAAGCACGCCCGGAGCGUCAAAAUGAAUAUUUCAUCCCGGGUGAAGGAAUCAGCCGUGAAGUCAUUCAAGCAGAUAUCUGUCGCUACCUUGGAAACGAUGCCCUCGUGAGACCUGGCAACCACAAUGUUCGGCCGCCCAGGUUUCUUCAUCCGUGCCUAUCGGAAUCUCACAUCUGUAAGUCUUGGAAAUCGUCGACGGGGAAAUGUCAAGUUGGGAUUCUAACCACACCAUGGAUACAGGAGAUGAUUACUGAUCUGAAGGCGGACUCUGCUCGCUGGGAGGCGGACGUCUCACGUCGGGCUGACCUAGGCUACCCGCGAGGCAGUUACAUUCAGGACAUGAACGUGUCCCAUGCCCCUAACCCUCCACCAGCCAACUAUUCCACUUCAUCUAUCCACGAGGUUCGCCAAUCACAAGGCCCAUCUCCCACACCUUUCACUGCCGCUCCUGCGCAGUCAUACAUGGACCCUUAUUCUCAGAGCCCUUACAGUGGAUCCCAAAGUGCCCCCUACACCAACCCUUCUUCAUACACAUCUUCAACUCACUCGCCGUACGCAUCAGGUACAGCUCCGUACCCCCCGCCCCAGGUUUCCUACUCUGGCGCCAGCCAACCGAUUGUGACCGCUGCGGACAUGCACCCCCAAUCGUACACAUACGCCCCCACAGGCUACGGUGGUUACGACAAUGGCCGAAGCAAUGCUCCCCGUUACCCGGGGCCUGGAUAUGAUGCCGACCAGGACUACUCCCCCGUAACCUCCGGGAUGGCCUAUCCUACAACCACUGCCCCGGACCCCCGGAUAGGAGGAAUGGAGCCCAGAUACACCCCAGAAUAUGAGCGCAGGCCGCAAGCAACCAGAAAUGACCCUCACCGUCGGCGGUAA